CCCGGAGGUCACAACACAAGGGUCACGAGUCAGGGUUUAGGGGGUCGCUGGGCUGAGGGAUAGCGCACAGAUCUCUUUUCACAUUUCAGUAUGUUGUUCAUUGAUCCCCACUGCAUUGUAUUAUAAUGCGCAAAUGGAUGCUGACAUGGAACCUUCAAAAUCUCUUCUCCGGACUGUAUCUGCAUGCAAUCUUCCUGUUUGGCAGUGUGUGUGUGGUCUAUAGUGACUGCACUCCAGAGCAACUUGCUGCCAUCAUGAACUGCUCUAAACACGAGCGCCACACCAGGAACUAUGACUACAUGGAGGGGGGAGAUGUGCGCAUCCGACAGCUGUUCAGCCGCACCCAGUGGUUCCUAACAAUUGAUGACUAUGGCAACAUCAAUGGGACUCAAGAUCCCACCAACUGCUACAGUAUCCUGGAGAUCAGGACAGUGUCUGAGGGGGGAAUACUGGCUAUCAAAGGCGUGAAGAGUCAGUAUUAUAUCUCCAUGAACAAGGCUGGACAGCUGCAAGGCAAGAGAAUCUACAAUGAUCACUGCAACUUCAAGGAGGUUUUCCUAGAAAACUACUUCAAUGCUUACUCUUCUGCAAAGUGGACUAAAAAAGACAUGUUCAUAGCCCUAUCUCAGAAGGGAAGGCCAAUGCGAGGGAAGAAGACCAGGAGGGAGCAUAUAGCAUCUCACUUCAUCCCUAUGAAAUGCAGGGAGGAGGAGAGGAGGGUGGACUGAAAAAGCGAAGGAUUGAAAAAGCGGAGGACUGAGUCGCGAAUUGUGUAUGAUUUCAAUCACAUAUUAUUAACAGAUACAUGUAAACUCAUU